UUUGGAGGCUGAUUCAAAAUGGAGUAGAUCUUACAGGUCCAAAUCCAACCGAAUAGCAUUAUCCUCAUCUCUUUGUAGUGUAUACGUUCACAGGUCGUCACUCGUUAGAGAAUUACUAACUCCUGCACAAUGACAGAAGAAAAGAAGUCCGGCUCUUUGGGUUUCUUUUCGAGUUACGACGAUUUGAGCGACAGCAGCGACGGCAGCGACUCAGACGAGGAGGGAGAAAGUAGAAAGAAGAAACCGGACUCAGAGGCUACGGGCAGCGGAGCUCAGUCCUCCCAACAUGGGACCAAACGAGCCGCUGGUGGAGCUCCGUUACCCAAACCUGACGAGCUGUUCAGCUCCGUGUCCAAGCCUGCGUUUCUCUACAACCCGUUGAAUAAGGAGAUAGACUGGGACACCCUCACGGUCAAAGCUCCUGAAGAGCCUGCCAGAGAGUUUAAGCCAUGGAAGACAAAUGCUGUACCACCUCCUGAGAGCUACACCACAGAGCCAGAGAAGAAGAAGGGAGCUCCCCCAGGCAUGGAUAUGGCUAUAAAGUGGUCCAAUGUGUAUGAGGACAAUGGGGAAGAUGCACCACAGCCUUACACCGGCAACGCUCGUUUCUUACCUGCAGAGGAGGAACCCCCUGUAUCAGAUGAGGAAUCAGAGAAGCAAGAAACGUCUGCUAAGAAACGUCGAGUGGAGACCUUCCAGCAGAAGGAGAAGAGGAAGAGGGACAUGGGACAAGCGACUUCUGACAAGAAUUUCGUCGAGGAGGAGAAAAGGAUCCUCAGGCAAAGUGCUGAUUGAGGCUUAAACCCUUCUGCAACAGGGAAUCUCUUUGUUAUUUAAGUAUUUUUAUGUAAACCAGAAACGCUCACAGAUAUUAGCACAAUGUUCAACUAGGUGGUAUGCUGCAAACACAAUCAGGUGUUUCACCUAUUUGUUGAUAUUAUUUGCAAUAUUAUAUUUGUUUAGUGUUCAAAGGACUGUCUGUCAGCACACUUAAAAAAGUUAAGUAUAUGACAGUCCCACUGUAAAAUGUUCAAUUUAAAAACUUAGAUUCUGGUAAAUCUCUGCGGACAGUUAAAGGAGAAUUUGGGUGUUUUACAUUCUGGAUUGUGUUUUCAUUGUUUGGUCAGGAUAUCAUGAGACACAGCUUUAUGAUGCACACAGGGCAUACCAAACAAGUAAUUAGACAGGUUUGGUCCCAGUUUGGCAUUACCUUAUCUUUACUUCUGAAUAUGUAGUCUAUACAAUAAGAUGAAAUGAGACUUGUCUAAAUCUACACAAUUGCUCUUGUUUGAGUCCCUUAGUCUUUGCAAAAAGGUUAGUGAGUAAAAUGUUUUCAUCACCAAGAAGCAUAAAAGCCCAAAACUACAACAAAUGAUUGAUUAGCCUGAUUUGACACAGUGAACAUAAGCCCAGUUUCCACCAAACACAGUAUGGUACCUUUGGAACCAAAAAGUAAUUCUUCAGACAUGGUACCUAGACCCUAGUGUUUCCACUGCAAACAGUACUCUUAAAUGUGGGCGGUGUUGUUGUCACUCACUGCUCCAUUCAACACUCAAUAUAUUUUUCCAUUACCAGUGACACAGAUGGAAGUCUGCACCUUGUUUAUCGUCCACAGAACAAAGCUGCACACUGACAUUUUCAGAACAAGAUAAAACAGGCUGGAGUGAGAAUCUUUCUCGGUGGGAUAUUUCGAAAUAGUGGAUUUGUGCAUUUAGUCCUUCUAAAGCAAGCGCAGUGGUUUAGUGUUGCCAGAGCCCACAGGAACGACUCUCCGCAACGCUUUUUUUUCCUCUGAGUGAGGAUUAAUAUAUAUAUAUAUGCAGUUCAUUUAACAGGGUCACAAUUGAUAUAUAUUUUUACGUUUGAAGAUUCAUUAGUUUAAGACUCAUUACUAAAAGUGUAUGUCAUCCAAGAGAGACAAUAAAAAUUCAUGGAGUCAAAGUUGUCACAGAUGGAUUCCCGUUGUCAGCUUAUGCACUGAGCAACAUAACAAGUUCCACCUUAAAAGUUGCCAGCAGUUGGCCCAGUGAAUUAAGUUUUCUUUUCUCCGACUCCAGCUGUUGUGAGAGGCAGCAAAAUAUAGCUACAGUUUACUAAUAUAUAUAAAACUUGCCACGGUAUGUACAGUGGUCACAUGAGCCUCAAAACGAGCCACAACUCAGCCCUGAGCCAAGUGACCUUCCACUACUAACCAAUCAACAGACUGCAGUGUUCACAGCUCCACCUUUUAGUACCAGAUCUGUGUGCUAGGUACCCCAACAGACCAAAAAUGGUAAUGGUAUGGAACUGUUCCAUUGGUACCAUCCACAACCUUUCACAGUAGAAACAGAAAAAAAUUUACUGAACUGUACUGCUUGGUGUAGACCAGGCUAUUUAGGCUUUGCCUCCUGUUUGCUUUAAUUUAAUGAGCUAAAAUACGACUGACGUCCAGCCGUGGUGAUUUUUGAUUUUGGUCUGUGUUUGUCUUGUAUUACAAACUAUCACCACAGAUAUAUAUGAAUUAUGCAUUUGUGUUGUGUUAAUGUGGUGAUUUUCCUUAAAAAAUGUAAUUUGCUGUAAAUUUGUUGAAAUUAUAUUUAAAAAUGAGCUUGUUCUUCCUGCUUGUGGGCACUAGAUGUCGCCCUUAAGCUACACUAGUGAACACCCCUUUCAUGUUUUGUACUGAAGUCUGCUGCACAUGUUGGGCACCCAGUUUACAACCAGGGUCGGUCUACAUGCUGUCAGUCAGAGGGGGAGUUCUGAUCUUCGAUUUGGAAGUUUGUCUCAUCUCAGUUCUUUUGAGAUACUUGAUGCAUUCAGACUGUUUAUUCAGUCUCAUGUACCUGGUAUUACACAACACUUCACAUCUGUGUGAAAUAAAACCUCUUGCAUGUUUAGUACUAUAAAAGAAGACUUUUGGAACAUUGUACUGUUUUAUGGACCUUUUGUUUCCUGCCAGCAAAUCUGCUUAUUCGGUGUGAACAGUUGUAUAUGAAUAAUUUUGUAGUUUGUUUUUAGUGUUACAAUGUUCGUCAUAAACCACUGAGGCAAUAAAAGGUAUUUUA